GCUACCACAGCUAUUGUGCAUAGCGCUGUCGCCUUCCUCUUCCCGCUGUAGCUGCUGUGUUGGGAGGAAAGUUACGUUUCCUUGCCGCUGGGCUUAACCCCCUAAGUGCCAAACCCCACAGCAUGCCGGCUCCCAGGAACAAGUAGGCGGUCUCUGCGGCUGCCGAGUUGUGGGCGAGGAGCCCCGAAGACCCGAGGAAGACAGCCGAAGGGAGCCCUUGCUUUCGGCCGGUUUCGGAGCUGGGGCUCGUCCAGCGUCAAGCCGUGGCAUUGGCUUUAAGAAGGGGGAGGGGAGACGCGGUGCUCUGCGUAGGGAGCCUGGGAAGAAAGCCUUGGCUGGCUUGGGAGCGCGGAGAGGCGGCCCCCGCGUCCGCGCUCUCCCUGCCUCCACCCUGGGCCGUCCGGGACGCAGCGCUGUGCUUUGGGGAGGCGAUGACUAGGGUUGUGCUGCUCGCUAGGUUGCACCCUGCCGGCGUCAGCAGGCGUUGGUAAGCACUCCGGGUCACCCGAAGCCACCAGUGGACUACGCGCUCCUGCUAUACACCAGCAGGCGCUCCCAAGAGUUUCAUUGGAACAGCCCCUCUGCUAUCAUAACCAUGGGGCAUCCCCCGCUGGAGUUCAGCGACUGCUACCUCGACAGCCCCGAUUUCCGCGAGAGGCUCAAGUGUUAUGAACAGGAGCUGGAGAGGACCAAUAAAUUCAUCAAAGAUGUGAUCAAAGACGGCAGCGCGCUUAUCAGUGCUAUGAAAAAUUAUUCUUCUGCGGUCCAGAAAUUUUCCCAGACACUGCAGUCAUUUCAGUUUGAUUUCAUCGGGGACACACUGACAGAUGAUGAGAUUAAUAUUGCGGAAUCAUUCAAGGAAUUUGCUGAACUGCUCAAUGAAGUAGAAAACGAGAGGAUGAUGAUGGUACAAAAUGCUAGUGACUUGCUGAUCAAACCCCUGGAAACUUUUCGGAAGGAACAAAUAGGUUUCACAAAGGAGAGGAAGAAGAAAUUUGAAAAGGAUGGUGAGAGGUUUUACUCAUUACUGGACCGGCACUUACAUCUUUCAUCCAAAAAGAAAGAAUCUCAGUUGCUAGAGGCAGACCUUCAAGUGGAUAAGGAAAGGCACAAUUUCUUCGAGUCUUCUCUUGAUUAUGUCUAUCAAAUUCAGGAAGUUCAGGAGUCCAAGAAGUUCAAUAUCGUGGAACCAGUCUUGGCCUUUCUUCACAGCCUCUUCAUUUCCAACAGCUUGACUGUGGAGCUCACACAAGAUUUCCUCCCAUACAAACAGCAGCUGCAGCUCAGUUUACAGAACACAAGAAAUCAUUUCUCCAGUACCCGGGAAGAGAUGGAAGAACUUAAGAAAAGAAUGAAAGAAGCUCCUCAGACAUGCAAACUUCCAGGACAGCCAACCAUUGAAGGCUAUCUCUAUACGCAGGAGAAAUGGGCUCUGGGGAUAUCCUGGGUGAAAUACUACUGCCGGUAUGAGAAAGAGAGUAGAACACUCACCAUGACACCGAUGGAACAGAAGCCAGGUGCUAAGCAGGGACCCAUGGACUUAACCUUGAAGUACUGCGUCAGAAGGAAGACAGAGUCAAUUGACAAGAGAUUCUGUUUCGAUAUAGAAACUAAUGAAAGCAUGAAUUCAUGGGAAAAUUUUUCUCAGAUGUUUACUCUGGAAAAAAACGGCAGCAUUCUUAAGAUUAACUUUUUUGUUUUUGUUUUUUUCUUAGAUCCAAAAUGUCCAGGGGAUGUCGAUUUUCAUACUAGUGACUGGGACAUUAAGACAAUCACAAGCUCCUUAAAAUUCUACCUCAGGAAUCUUUCAGAACCUGUCAUGACUUAUAAGCUUCACAAAGAGCUCAUCUCUGCUGCCAAAUCUGACAACCUGGAUUACCGUCUGGGGGCUAUUCACUCCCUAAUAUAUAAGCUACCAGAAAAGAACCGGGAGAUGCUGGAACUUCUUAUCAGACACUUGGUAAAUGUGUGUGAGCACAGCAAAGAAAAUCUUAUGACACCUUCCAAUAUGGGGGUGAUCUUUGGGCCCACCCUGAUGAGAGCUCAAGAGGACACUGUGGCUGCUAUGAUGAACAUCAAAUUCCAGAAUAUUGUGGUAGAAAUACUGAUUGAACACUUUGGCAAGAUUUAUUUAGGUCCACCUGAGGACAGCCAGGUACCUCCAGUGCCUCCACCACGAGUGACAGCAAGAAGGCACAAACCAAUCACAAUCUCAAAGCGCUUGCUGAGAGAAAAGACAGUGUUCUAUGCUUCUUCCCUGGAUGAGAGUGAAGAUGAAACCCAACAUCAAACUCCUAAUGGUACAAUCACUAGCAACCUGGAUCCCCCCAAGCUACCACAGCACCUCAAACCACCCAUGCAGAAAAGUGGGGAAACUGACUCUGGAAGAAAGUCCCCAUGCAGACCUGUUUCUGACUGCCAAUCAGAGCCCUGCCCGGAGGUGGAUGUGGGGAAAUUGGUAUUUAGGUUGCAGGAUGGAGGGACCAAGGCUACUCCAAAGGCCUCCAAUGGACCUGUGCCAGGCUUUGGACCCACAAAGACCUCCUCUUUCCAUAUAAAGAGACCAGCUCCCAGGCCAGUGGUUCACCACAAGGAAGGAGAUACUGACUGUUUCAGCAAAGUUCGGCCCCCAGGAGAAAAACAAACAAUCAUCCGUCCUCCAGUGAGGCCCCCAGACCCUCCUUGCCGGGCCAGUACUUCACAAAAGCCAGAGCCAAAGCCAGAAACAUUGGCUGGCAAUGCAGGGGAAGUCCCAUCAUCCGUGGUGGCAUCCAGAACCAGAUUCUUUGAAACAGCUUCCCGGAAAACUGGAAGUUCUCAAGGAAAACUUCCUGGAGAUGAGAGUUGAGGCCACAGGUUGGAAAGGACUUGGCAUUGAGAGACCCUUUCCAGGUUGUGAAAGGGUCUACUUCAAAACUUUGUGAGCUAUCAGUACUGAAGAGCAGCUCAUUUCUGGCCUUGUAUUUUCAGUGUCUGGGAAGCUAUAAAAUAAGGAGCCGAUGUUGUAGACACAUGUUUGUUUUAUUUUUUUUUCUCCUUUGUAUUCUGUCUUCAUCUCCCCAGAAUUUCUGUUGUGAGCAGCUCCUAGGACACUGGAUGGUUGGAUUUUCUCAAGAUCCAAGCUCUACUGAAGUGGAAAUACCCACUGACCUGUAUUGAAGAAGAGAGCCUAGUUUUCCAAUCUUCUCUGAACUUUUUCCUCAAAGGUCAUUGGAUUCUUCAUGAGUCAGAUUGAAUUUAGGUAUCUUAUGUGAUUUAAAGACCACUUGAGUUGGGGGCCAUUGUUUAACUUAUUUGAAAGAGAGGAGGGAUGUUAGCUGAAUAUUGGACAAUUGUGUCAUUUCUUUCUGAAGACAUGGACACUGACUAGUACCAGAUUGGCACCCUGGUACCAUGACAUGUUACUGAAAUUCAGUGAGGCCAGACCACAUGAAUAAUUCCCAGUGUCCUACCCCAGCAUAGGCUUAGGAUGAUAGCCUUUCUGCUUUUGCCUCUGAGGACAAAUCUGCUAAGCAUGUUUGCAUGUCAAAGCUUAGGCCUAUCUGGAUUUUCUUUCCUCCUACUUUCACCCAAUAGCUUCCUUUCCAGCAAUCAACAAAUAAAACAAAACAGAAAACAUUUCUGUUAAAAAAAAAAAAGUCAAAUGUCAGGAAACAUUGUUAAGAUUGUUAAGAUUGACUGAGUCCAAGGAAUUGUUACUCUUGCCUUUUAUUUUCUUCUAGCUUAUACGCCUUUUUAUUUCCUGAAAAACAAGCAAACAAACAAAGCCACAAACAAACAAAACCAGAUCUUAACCAGGUGCCCAUGGAUUCUGGAACUCUAUGAUGCCCCCAAGAUGACAUAUACAAUUCCAUGAGGGUAAUGCCUUUUCUGAGCAGAUGGUUCAUAACAUUCUACUGAAUUUCAAAUGGGACUGCAACCCAAUAAAGGUUAAGAACCACAGUCUUUGAGAUAAAAGACUCUUUACAGCCCAUAAAGGAUUAGAAGGAACUUUCAAAAGCAUUUAUACUAACAACAGCUUGGUUUACAUGAAGAGCAAGUUAGUGACCACAACAGGACAAGAUCCCAGGUGUCUGAGCUCCUACAUAAGGUUCUUUUUAGUACGCCACAUUUAUCUAGGAAAGGACUUUGUAGGUGGUGGCUUUAAUGGCCCUUUUGGGAGGUAUUGGCUUUUAUCCUCUUUCUUGAGCCUCUCAUAUUUGCCAGCGAGUAGAAAAUUUCAAGAUAUAAACCCUUGGUCCCUUCCAUUACUGUUGGAGUCACUGAAAAUGCACUAAAACAAAAGUACAGUACACGGAGAAUCUGAGGAUUAGACAUUUCUGAGCCCUGUUUUUCAGAGUGCAAAUGCUCCUGUUUCAGUGCAGAUGAGCAGGCUUCCAAGGCUAGUGGGGCUCUUACUGAGCUCUGCUCUUAGAGUGGUAUCCUCUCUGUUACUGAGUGAAAGCAAGCAUAUGUGCAGAAUUUGGUCACAGGACUGGGUCAGUAGGGCUUCAGAUCCAUGGAAGUUUAUUAAGAGAGUCUGAAUCUGUGUUUAUUGUGUGUGUGUAAAAUACCAUGGUAAGCACUAAAAAUGUUAAAUACUAUUGAAAAGCAGAGAAAGACAUUGCAAUUCCAAUAGAAGUGUCUAGAAACUUCACCCUGUGGUUGCUGUGUUACAUGGGACAUGGAUGAAAACUCAGCUGAGGAAGAUGGGGGCCAUCCAUUUUGGAGGCCAGGGAGCAGUUAAGCGUGGUAGUUUUGCAUCUUCAGUUAACUCUCUUUAAAGAAGGAAACAAAGCCCCUCUCUUUGGCAAUCUGCUCUAAAACACAAAAUGUUCUGUGGUGAAGCAUACUGUCAUGAAAGGGGACUGGCUUAGCCUAUGCUUGAUGCAUAGAUACUCACUCAGAUAAGGUUAUCAGAAGAGGUGAUGGUGUGAGGAACAACUAUGGGAAGUCAACAGCAACCCUCACAAAAAGAUAACUGUUCAGUUUUGAAUUGAUAGUGACAACAAAAGUGCUAACACUUAUUAAGCACCCACUAAAUACUAGGUCAUUCAAAACCUACUCUUUCCUCCUGGUAACAAUCAUGCAAGUACUCAUCCCCUUGUACAGAUUAAGAAAGUACCCAGUUGCAUUAAAUUAGUGGCUCUACCACAGACAUGUGUGAUUUGCAUCCAAGCCUUUCUGAAUUUGCACCCUGUGUAAUUUUCCCUAUGUCAUUCUAAGGUGGGUAUCUAAACAGAGGCCACAUUACCAGAAGUGGAUUGACACUUGACUCCUAUGUUCCUAAUACAGAAUACACUGAGGAAAGGAAAACAGUGAGGGAAGGAAGUGGUGCAAGUCCACUUCAUAAGGCAGUAAAACAUAGGUUGAAAGGUAAUUCAAAGUUGAGUUUACCUAUUUGGUAACAUGUUUUAAAAGGUCACCCAAUCUCACCUUGUAAAGUGAAGAAUUUGUUAUGAUAAGUAGCUGUGAAUUCUUUGCCUUGGUCAUUUUUUUAAAGAGUAUGUCACGGUUUUAUCCAGAAGGCUGGUGACAUCCAUACAUGUAGUAUGAGCAGGAAGGUUUGCUGUGCCUCCAUGGAAUUUGAUGUCCUAGGGUAAUAUCCCUACAAAAUGUUUCUGGGGUGAAGGCAAAAUCAGGUCAUUUAAUAAAAGAAAUUUUAUUGAAUUAUUUUAUUUCAAGUUGCAAAAGAGGUGUUAUGAAGUAUCCAGAUACCACAGGACAAAAUUAAGUUUUCAAUUUAAAUAGUAAAAUAGUGUCAUGCAGACUACUUAUGAAAUAAUGGGCUACAAUCGAGAAGCAUCUUUCCAUUUUCAAGACUUUCCUUUAUUCUGUAAGAACUACAAAAAGUAAAAGAAUUAGUUCAGCGACUUGUAAAAUAAUUACUUUUGAGAGAACAUAGAUCAGUGAAGCUGUUAUUAAAGUAGCAGCAGACAAGUGGCCUUGACACAUUAGAAAGAUUUAGAAACAGCAGCAACAGAAAAUCCAGAGAGAAGCAAGAUAACUUGACAAGAUAUUUUCAAUGAAGAAAAGCCUUCAUUUUCAUAGAGAAAUGCAAUACUUUAUGUCAUGGACACUUAUAGAGACCUUAAAAGAUUGCCUAUAUGGUUUCAUUUCUAUGUGAAAUCAGAGAAAAGAAUGAGAUGAGAUCCUUGAACCCAUUGAUGUGAUUUUUCAAUAAAGUGUGUAGAUUCUCUUGUAUAGAUGUCCUCCAUCUGCAGGCUCGUCAUGGAAAUCUUUCAGUCUAUAAGUAUUGAUGGCCUACCCACUACCUAUCCUUUGUAAAAGCCUAAGGAGAACCCAGUGUAAAGAUUUUUAUUGUUUUGGACCUUAGUCUUCAUCUAUUCUCCACUUUGCAACAUAGCUUUGUCAUUCUUUCAGGCCUCAAAAUGUCAACAUGUGAUAGCUGGUGUGAUUCUCUUUUGUAGAUCAGGAAACUUGAGGCCUAGGGAGGUGAAAAAGAAAAUGUUCAUAAACAGACUCUAGAAAUUGAUACAAAUCCAAGAUUGGAAACUAGAGAUGGCUAUUUACCAACUGUCCCAAGGUACAAGUGAAAAUGAAUCCCAGGGCCAGAGACAUGGCUCAGCGGUUAAGAGCACUGGUUGCUCUUCCAGAGAUCCUGAGUUCAAUUCCCAGCAACCACAUGUUGGCUCACAACCAUCUACAUAUGUAGUCCCAUGAGAUGCAAUGCCCCCUUUUGGUGUCCAGAAUUACAUGCAGAAAAAAAAGCUAUACAUAAAAUUCAUAAAUAAAUAAUCUUUAAAAGAA